GCGGGAGGAAAAGGUAUGAUCCGAUUGGCUGAUAAAAGGGAGGAGUGGGAAAGGCGUGGGAAACUCUCCUUCCGGAAUAAGAUGGCGGCAACGAUUGCAUUGAGGAGCAGCUGCAAAGCAGUCCGGCGUUUGCUCUGUGUUCACCAGAUAAGACUACAUAGUAACUUUUGUUUGCUAAAGCAAAAAUACAUUUCUAAGUUUGAGAAGACUUUAUGGAGGUAUCAACAUCAGCAUCAAUUAUUUAGAACAACUGCUGUUUCACAGGGCCCGAUUGUUCAGUUCAAGCUCUCUGAUAUUGGAGAAGGGAUCACAGAAGUGACAGUGAAAGAGUGGUAUGUAAAAGAAGGUGAUGUUGUGUCACAGUUUGAUAGCAUCUGUGAAGUACAAAGUGAUAAAGCCUCGGUCACAAUCACCAGCCGUUACGAUGGCAUCAUUAGAAAACUCCAUUAUGAGUUGGAUGAAAUUGCCCGUGUGGGGAAACCGCUGGUGGACAUAGAAACAGCUACUUUAAAAGCUGUAACUCCUGAGGAAGAUGUGGUGGAAACGCCUGCUGUGUCACGUGAAGAACAGAUCCACCAGCGAAUCAAAGGCCAUAAGACUUUAGUAACCCCUGCAGUUCGCCGCCUUGCUAUGGAAAACAAUAUAAAGCUGAGUGAAGUUGUUGGAACAGGGAAAGAUAACCGUAUUCUCAAAGAAGACAUUCUUAACUACUUAGCCAAGCAGACUGGAGCAAUUUUACCCCUGUCACCAAAGCCUGAGAGCAUUCCACCUUCAUCAAAACCAGAGCUUGCUUCAGACACGUCAAAAGAGAAAGCUGAAAGAACUGUAACACCACUUUCUAAACCUGUAAUUUCAGCGAAAGAUCGAACAAUGGCCUUAUCUGGAUUUCAGAAGGCAAUGGUCAAAACUAUGAGUGCUGCUUUGAAAAUUCCUCACUUUGGUUAUUGUGAUGAGAUUGACCUCACUCGGCUCAUCCAGCUGAGAGAAGAGUUGAAGUUUUUAGCAAAAGAACGGGGAGUUAAACUCACUUUUAUGCCCUUCUUUUUAAAGGCUGCUUCUCUAAGCUUAUUACAUUAUCCCAUUCUUAAUGCUUCUGUGGAUGAAGACUGCCAAAACAUCACAUACAAGGCUUCUCACAAUAUUGGAAUUGCCAUGGACACAGGACUAGGCUUGCUUGUCCCUAAUGUGAAAAAUGUCCAGGCUUGUAGUGUGUUUGAAGUUGCUUCAGAAUUAAAUCGCCUUCAAAAAUUGGGCUCAGCUAACCAGUUGGGAACAAAGGACCUCACAGGGGGAACAUUCACACUUUCCAACAUUGGCACAAUUGGUGGCACUUAUGCAAAACCCAUGAUCCUUCCUCCUGAAGUAGCUAUUGGGGCUCUGGGAAAAAUACAGGCCCUUCCUCGAUUUAACAAUAAAGGUGAAGUAUUUAAAGUACAAAUAAUGAAUGUGAGCUGGUCAGCUGAUCACCGAAUCAUUGAUGGUGCAACCAUGUCUCGUUUUUCUAACUUGUGGAAAUCCUACUUGGAGAAUCCUGCUUCCAUGCUGAUGGAUCUUAAGUGAAGAAGACAAACAUCUGGAUGGCUUAUUUUAAAUCCAAAAGUGCAAUCAGGCUAACUAAGCUAGCAAGUGCCAUUAAAACUGACUUCUUAUUUCAGAACUGCAUUGCAUAUGCUAGAUCUUUCAGAUCCUGGCUCUAUGUCUUGAUUAUCUGUUACAUUUUUGUCUAGUUGAAUUGCUUAGUGGUAAAUUAUUUGUCUAGAAGCUUUAAUGGGUCAUGGUAUGACUCUUUCACAAGGUGGGGGAAAUUUGGACAAUUACGGUAUUAUCACAUGGAGACCGCUAAUAAUACUUGUGGGACUCUUAUAUAAAACUUCUUGCACCAUUCACAAAAUAAAUUGCAACCUGAUUAGAAAUGAAAGUCCCUGGAUAAAAACAUUAACCGAAUGUUAACUAUUUCUUAUGCAAUUAAUUUACUACAAAUGAUGUUCAAAUAAAAUGUUUUUAAUGCUUAUUUUAUUAAAGAUGCGAAGAUUCAAUUUUUAACAUAUAGUGCUAAUUGCUCUCUUUUUAAAAUAUUCUUUCUGUCUCGAGUUUUGUGGCAGACGUUCUUCAUUACUAACAUGAAUAUGUAUUCUAGGAAAAUGGCAAGCCCUGGACCACGGCUACUUUUUUUCUCUCCAAAUUUGGGACUGACUUUUACAGCAUAGAAAUUACACUAGGCAUACACAAGAUCCAAGUGUGAAUUAAACAUUUCUGUAACAUAAGAAGCUGCUUUCAGUCAAUGUGGAGAUCUUUGAAAUAUCUAAUAGCAGUUUUGUAAACCAUUGUUUUUCAAACUCAGCAACUUUAAUGGGGUGUGGAUUUCAAUUCUUGGAGCUGAAGUCCACACAUCUUAAAGUUGCCAAGUUUGAAUAACACUGUUGUAAAGCCAAGUUUGAAUAACACUGUUGUAAAACCACCAUUUUCAUAAACAUAUUUAUGCUCUGGAUCCAUAAAUGAAUAGCUUUUUCAGGUGUAAAACAUGCUGUAAAAACUGUGAAAUAGGAUUAAAAUCUAUAUACUCCCAAAAGUAGAUAUGAUUAUUGGAAGCCUUAAAGAAAUGACCACAUGCUUUUAACAAAAUGUUAAAAAUUUCAGAAAGUUAGUGGUGAGUGUCAAUUUAAGGAAACCUAUUGUAUCAGUGUAAAUAUAUACAUAUAUGUUUAUUUAAGAUCUUUGUAAUAUAUAAUCUGAGAAGGGGGAACAUAUCUAGAUCUGGGCGUUUCUCUGUAUUCAUUAUUUUGAGGAACAAGCAGAAGAACUAUAAAACUGAUAAAUCUGUAGAUCUCUAAGGAAUUUUAUAUAACACAUAAGCACAUAUAAAUUGAACAUUUCUCUGUUGUUUGUUUAAUAAAGCUUAUUUUAA